AUGAUGUCUCAAAAGGGAAAAACUCUCAUCUUAAGCUUAUUCUUGUCAUUUCUGGGUGUAUGCAAUUGUCAAUGCAAAUUUAAUGUAACAAAUGAAAGCACAAAAAUAAAAGGAAUGUUUGUAUUUGGAAGCUCAUUAGUUGAUAACGGGAGCAACAACUUUCUUGAGAAAUGUAAAGCAAAGGCAAAUUACUUGCCAUAUGGAGUAGAUUAUGUAAAAGGUCCAACUGGAAGAUUUACAAAUGGUAAAAAUGUAAUUGAUCUUCUUGGUGAACAUCUAAAACUUCCUCCAAUUCCAACAUUCAAAGAUCCUUCAACUAAAGGGAACAUAAUUCUUCAAGGUGUUGAUUUUGCUUCUGGUGGUUCUGGCAUUCUUGAUGAAACUGGUGUUGUUUCUGGGGAAGUAAUGGGCAUGAACGAACAAAUCAGAAACUUAGAGAGUGUGACAGUGCCUGACUUGGAAAAGCAACUUGGAUGCAAAAGCAAUGAAGCACUAAGCAAUUACCUAUUUGUGGUGGGAACUAGUGGAAAUGACUUUUCACUAAACUACUUCUUGAAAUUCCCAAACAAUAAAAAUUCUACUCUUACAGGCUUCAUUUCUAAGUUGAUCACUGGACUCUCUCAACAACUCCAGAAGUUGUACGAGUUGGGUGGAAGGAAAUUUGUGGUAAUGUCAUUAUAUCCAAAUGGGUGCAGCCCAAUGGUACGGGCUAGAGUUCCCAUUCCGACGAUGCAUGGUUGCAUACAAGCAGUAAAUGUACCUCUAGGUCUCUACAACACCAACUUAAGGAGCUUGUUGGAUUACAUGAUGCAAAAAAUGCCUGAUUCUAAGUUUGUCUACGUUGACGUCUUCAACAUCAUUAAGAAUAUUAUAACAACUCCUUCUAAUUUAGGUAUUGAUAAUACGAAAGAUCCUUGCUGUGAACUACUAACAAUAAAGGAAGGUGGGAAUUCAACUUUGUGCAAAAAUGGAGGGAAAGCUUGUUCAAGUAGGAACAAAUUUGUGUGGUUUGAUGGGUUGCAUCCCACAGAAGCUUUGAAUAUUGUGCUUGCUAACAAGGCCUUUACUUCUGAGCUCAAAUGUGAAGUCUACCCUACAAAUAUUAAAAAACUCAUACAAGGGUAA